AUCAUUCAACGACGGGUUACACUUUAUUGAUAGUGGAAAAUGUCUGACGAUGAAAUAAAAAGCGAACAUGUUCAGGAGAAGACGGAAAAUCUGAGCGAGGAGGACGCAUUAAAGGAAGAAAUCCGCCGUUUUUCGUCGGCAGUUUCGAAUCCAAGCCUUCGGGCUCAUGGAAUGGCCUACGCCGCUCUGACGAAGCUCAUCGAGCGCCGCUCAACGGAAAUUCCGGCUCAAUUUGUGAAGGGGCUCGUCAAAAUGAGCAUUGCCAACUCGAUUCGGCUCUAUGGACAGCCAAAAUCCUUUCAGGCCGUCUCAAAAUUGCUCCAAGUGCUCGCCAAACGUGAUCCCAUCUCCACACUCAAAUCACUGCUCCAAACAAUCACCACGGCUCUUCCAAUCAUCCCAAAUCUCACGGAAUCCCAUAGUCUCUCACAAGUUCCAACGAUGAAAUGGCUUUUGGCCUGUUUGGAUGGAAAUUCCUGCGCUGAAAAUGCUGUGGAAAUCUUUGGAGCUCUCGGAGCAAUCGCCUAUUGGAUGUCUGCUAGUGAUAAAGCUUGGCGUGUUUUCACAAAGAAGCUGGCUCAGCUUUUCGCGAAAAAUCCCGAGAUUUCCAAUGUUUUCACCGCAAAAAUCGGGGAAUUUUCAAAGGAAAAUCCCGAGAAAUCGUUGGCUCUGAUCUCGGCUUUUGGUGCUCUUGGAGCCGCGAAAACUCCUGAAAUUGCUCCAAUUUUCGUCGAAAUUUUCACAAAAUCCCAGCUUCUCCCAAAGCUCCGACCACCGCAAUUUUUCGUCACGAGAAUCUCGAAAUUCGCGGUUUUUCUCCAAAAAUCGCCGGAUUUUGAGACGAAUUUGCUGCCAAAUAUGAAAAAAGCACUGCUCCGGAGCCCUGAAGUCGCGAUUUUCGGAAUCCGUGGGCUCUUGGAGCACAUCAGCUUCUCGCUCGACUUUUGUGCUCAGGAUUUGCUCAAAUCUACGAUUUCCUCGCUUUGUAACACGGAUCCGGAGAUUCGUGAAGCUGGAAUCGGGAUUGUGGUGGCUUUAAGCCGAAAAUCGGAGAUUUCAGUGAUUCAGAAGAUUCUCAACACGCUUCUCGAUCAAUUUUCGGCUGCAAAAGCCUCGGAAAUUAAGUGCUCACUGAUGGAAGGUGUUGGAGCAAUUGCAAAGGUUGUGGAAGCUCAGGAUAUUGAUAAAAUCGCAGAAGAUGUGAUUUCAAAGACGGCAAAGGCGGAUAAAGAAUCUCACGACGGAACAAUUGAAGCUCAAUGGAAUGCUGCUGCAGAAUGGGCAAUUCGACUGUCAAAACCGGCAAUUUCACUGACAAAUGCGUUCAAAGAGGCUUCGAAAUUGGCGCCAGCCGUCAAAUAUAUCGGAUAUCGAGUUUUGGCGGACAUUUUGGAACGAAGAUCGAUGACGUCACUUCCCGAAGGAAUCGACGUGAAGCCACUGCUCACCGAGCUCGAAACCGGACCAAAAGGCGAACUUUGCUCCAUUGGAUUGGCUCUUUUGAUUCUUCGAACCACCAAAAAGGGAUCAAUUGAGCAUACAAAGGCGUGGAGUCGGGCUUCACAUGCUGAAGCUUUGCUUAAGGAAAAACCACUAUCCCAAACGAAAUGGCAAGAAGCGAUUGCGUGGGCGAAGCUCGUCGAGCUCGUGAUCCUUGAUCGUCCUGUAGUGAAUAAGACGGCACCUCCAUCGUACUCUCUUCCCUCCAUCAAACCUCUGUCACUUCUUCUUUUUUGGCCAAAUUGGAAGGUCCGACAACAGGCAUCGAAGAGCCUUUUGAGAAUUUUAUCCACUGAAAAUGCACUUUUCGCUGAAGCUCUCGCUGAUUUGAUCUUCUCGGAAACGACAAAUGGAACUAUUGAUCAGCUGCUUCGACGGGUUCCAGGUUGUCCAACACCAGUUGACAGUUGGCAAGUACCCGGUGAAUGGUAUGUAUCAACACUUCGACUUCUUCUAACACCAAAAGAGCCCGAGCUGGAUAAACUGGCAAUUCAUACAUUGCUCUUGGCUUCUGUACAACGUCUUGUCGAGGUUGAUGGCUCUGUUUGGCUCCGAUGGGUUCAUGAGCAUCGAGAAUCGAAAACGUGGCAAGCUAGCGAGGUUUUCAGGGAGACUGCCAUUCAAAAUGUGCUUCAAUGCAAGGAUCGAGGUGUUCGAAACACUGCUCUCGUCACCCUAAUUGCUCUUCACGACGAGCGGCUCCGUGCUGAUCUCUGGAAACACGUGGAUGCUUCAAUUAAACAAUUGGAAGUGACGGAUUACGGUAGAAUUACGGAACAAGAGAUAUCGAUUUAUAAGUGUGCUGAAGGACAACUAUAUAAUACAAGAGUUCUUGAUUUCGAUGAAGCCGCCGGCAUCAAAGGAACCAAAGGAACAAGUAUUCAGGAUCAAAUGGCUGAAAUUCAACUGAUCCGAGAACUCGCCGCAAAACGUCAAAAAGAGGGAAAACUGUCUGCAAAACAGAAACAAGUGAUGGAAAAGGAGCUCGCCGCCGAAAAAGACACUCGAGAUGCUCUUCGUGAGCUCUACGUGACGGCUGAAGCCAAAUUGGACGAAUGUAGAGCUAUGGUGGCGGCUGAUGCUGCUGGAGCUUUUGCUAGACCAGAAAUCCUCUUCGAGUACUGUAUGCCGUUGACCCGUUCGCUUCUUGUUUCGGAAGAAGCCGCCCGUCUUUUCCUUGCCUAUCGGGAUGCGUGUUUCGAGCAUUCGGAUGACUAUUUGGAAGAGCUCGUCGGAAGCAAUUGGCUCCGCGUAAUUGGAGCCCAUCACCGUAUUCCUGGAUGGAACGAUGAGUUCUUGGAUUCAGCUUUGAAACGAAUGUUCUCGUUGCUCAAUGAAAGAGCAUUCGUAAUUGAUUCAGGAGAUGAUGAUGAUGAUGAGCCCGUGAUAUUUGACGAUGAAAUUGUUGGAGCCAACCAUUUGACACUUUUAUAUCCAAUGAUUCGAAUUAUUUUGAAAAAUUCGCAGAGAUUUUCGGAUAAUUCCCGUCAGGACGCCCUUCAACUCCUUCAAUCGGCAAUUCAUAAGAAGUUUUUGAGAGAUCGGGAUGUGCUCAACUUGCCGAUGGAGCAUUAUGCUUCAAUGCUUUUUGAGCAUUUUUCACUGGAUUCUGGUGCAACGAACGCUUUCAAAGCGACCCAACAACUAUUCCGCCUUGCAAAUGAUACAAAUGAUAUCGGAGAUCGAGUAAUUGGAAUGGUUCGAGAAAUUCUUGCAUACGUUGGAAAUGAGCAACCAUCUGUGCGUGGAGCCGCACUCGAAAUCCUCGGAGCUCCACAUUUGCUCAUGAGAAUUGUCGUUGAACUCGGCAUUGAGCAGUCGAUUUCUAAAGAGAUUCUUGUGAGAAUUCAUGUGGCACGACAUGAUCCAAUUGAAGCUGUUUCUGAGAUUGCUGAACGUCUUUGGAUUGAGAAUCAUUUACAAGUUAAACAAGUCAUCGGAGCGAUGCUUGUUGACGAAUGUGUCUCCCCAUCCCCGUUGGUCCGUCAAUCAGCCGCCCACGCAAUGGUCACAUUCAUCGAAGAACAUCCCAACGAAAUGCCUGCAAUUCUCACGAAAUUCGAUGAAACCUACAAGGAUUUGGUGCUCAUUCGUGAGCCAAUCUAUGAUGAUGUCGGACGUCUUCAACGUGAAGCAAUCGAUGAAAGUGAUCGAAGAUCAGGAAUCGGACAAACUUUGGUGCUCCUCGCAGGGCUCUGCCGACAGGAAGAAGCCGAGCAGUUGAUUCGUAUUGUUGCUCCAGAUGGGCUCUCGGAUCGGGCUCAAGAAUGCCGGAAUGAGCUCAGAAAUGCGGCUGUUGAAACGAUUCGGAGGCAUGGAGCAGCUUGUAUGCUCAGGCUUUUGCCACUUUUGGAGAAGCUUUCUGAUGAGACACCGGCUCAAGAUGAUAAUAGGCGGCAGGGGCUUGUGGUUCUGCUGGGAACACUUGCACAAUAUAUUGAUAGUACUGAGAAGGUUAAGGGAAUUGUUGCACGGCUUGUUGAAGCACUUGGAACGCCUAGUCAAACUGUGCAGGAAUCAGUAUCCCGUUGCCUGGCUCCAUUGGUUCCAAAAAUCCGGCAAGACGCCAAAGAUUUGGUGAGCAAACUUCAAUGGACACUUUUCGAAGCGGAAACGUAUGGAGAACGACGUGGAGCCGCCUAUGGAAUUGCUGGAUUAAUGAAAGGAAUGGGAAUUAUUGCACUAAAGGACACUGAUCUAUUGGGUUCAAUUCACAAGAAUAUGGAGGAUAAGAAGAGUCCGAAGCAUCGAGAAGGAGGUCUCCUGGCACUGGAAAUUCUUUGUUGUACAAUUGGAAAACUUUUUGAGCCAUAUAUUCUAAAAGCUCUUCCAUCACUCCUUAUAACAUUUGGUGAUACGGAUUCAAAUGUUCGACAGAGCGCAGAAGACACUGCACGAGCAAUGAUGGCUUCAAUGACAGUGUACGGUACGAAGCUGGUGCUCCCCGUGCUCAUUGUAGCCAUUGAUGAUGAUUCGUGGAGAACAAAGUGUGCAGCGACCGAACUUCUCGGCUCAAUGGCAUUCUGUGCCCCGCGACAGCUCUCCGCGUGUCUACCGAAUAUUGUGCCCAAACUCAUCGAAAUUCUCGCCGAUUCGUCGUCUAAAGUGCAAAAAUCAGGAGAAAAGGCUCUUCAACAGAUCGCCCGUGUCGUCAGAAAUCCAGAAAUUCUUGGAGUAACAAAUCAACUAAUGGCUGGCCUCCUGGAUCCGGCCAAUAAAACGUCGGCUGCUCUUCAAGCUGUCCUCAACACGAAAUUUAUUCAUUAUAUCGAUGCACCAUCGCUUGCUCUUAUGAUGCCUAUCGUUCGGCGCGCUUUUGAAGAUCGUUUGAGUGAAACGAGACGAGUUGCCGCCCAAAUCAUCAGUAACAUCUAUUCGUUGACUGAGAAUAAGGAUAUGGAGCCAUAUUUGGCUCAUAUGGUUCCUGGUCUCCAACGCUCUCUGCUCGAUCCCGUUCCAGAAAUCCGUGCCGUCUCGGCUCGUGCUCUCGGAGCAGUCGUAUCAAAAUCCGGUGGCUCAACAUCAGAAAAUCUCCGAGCUCAAGUGAUUCCAUGGCUCAAGGAGAAGCUCGUCUCACCACAAUCCACCGUCGAUCGUUCCGGAGCCGCACAGGGUCUUUGUGAAGUUCUUGCUGGAGCCGGAACGGAGCAACUCGAAUAUGUGAUGCCUGAGAUUAUUCAUGCGACUGAAUCUACGGAUGUAUCGGCUGAAACUCGUGAUGGUUACAUUUUGAUGUAUAUCUAUCUGCCGAUGACGUUUGGCGAUCGAUUUGUUCCAUAUUUGCCACAAGUUGUACCACCAAUUCUCAAAGCGUUGGCUGAUGAGAAUGAAUACGUGCGUGCUUCUGCCCUAAAAGCCGGACAACGUCUAAUCUCUCAAUAUUGUUCACAUGCUCGUAAGCUUCUUCUUCCACAACUCCAACUGGCUCUGAUGGACGAGAAUUGGCGUAUUCGUUACGCAUCCGUACAGCUCAUCGGAGAUUUCCUCUUCAAUAUCUCUGGAAUUACUGGAAAAUCGACGUCGUCGACUGCCGACGAGGAUGAUACGAUGGGAAUGGAACAGGCUGGAAAGGUAAUCGUCCGAGCUCUCGGACAAAAAGAUCGUGAUCGUGUGCUCGCCGGGCUCUACCUGACUCGUUCCGAUGUUGCUCUUGUCGUACGUCAAGCCGCUGGACACGUCUGGAAAAUGGUUGUAUCAAAUACCCCAAGAACUCUACGAGAAGUCACGAAAAUUCUCUUCGAAAUGGUUGUAGACUCAUUGGCUUCAACUUGUGAUGAACGACAACAAAUGGGUGCAAGAUGUCUUGGAGAACUUGUUCGAAAAAUGGGUGAUAAAGUGAUUAAUGAUAUUCUACCAGUGUUGGAUGCUAAUCAGAAAUCGGAAGAAGUCGCGAAACGCGUGGGCGUUGCUAUUGCUCUUCACGAGAUUAUUGGAAAUAUGAGCAAAGAAGUCACGAAUCACUAUUUGGGAGCAAUUGUGGCGCCGGUUAGGCGGGCGAUUUGUGAUGAGUCGGAACUUGUUCGUGAAGCUGCUGCUGAUACGUUUACAGUACUCUACCAUGUCGUUGGAAACGAGGCUCUCGAUGAGAUUAUCUGUCCACUUUUGGAGCAGCUGACACCUGAACAGGACCAUAUCUUGGCUGGAUUAUGUGACGUCAUGCGACAGAAUAGUCGUUCCAUGCUUCCAUAUUUGUUGCCAAAACUCACAAAGCCGCCGGUCAAUGUGCACGCGUUGUGCUCAUUGGCUUCAGUGUCCGGGGACUCGUUGUCGAGACAACUUCCAAAAGUACUCGACGCAUUGCUUGCCGCAUGUGAAACCAACGAUGAAAGCGACCCGAUGAUUGAAUCCUGCGAAAAAGUGGUUAUUGCAGUGACUGAUGAAGAUGGAAUUCCGGUUCUAGUCGAUUAUCUCAUCCAAAAAGCUUCGCAAGAUGAAAAUGUGCCAGCUGCCGUCCUUCUGAGCACAUUUAUCGCAAAAUCCGGAGUUUCUCUAGCCGAAAUGGCCGAAGAAGUGCUCCCAGGACUGCUUAAUCUCUACACAUCGCCAAAUCCUCAAAUUGUAGAUCACGCGAUUGCCGCCGCUGUCGCACUGACCCAAUCAAUGGAUCAACGAGAGUUGCUCAGUGUGCUUCCGGUUGUGAAGAAGGCUAUCAAUAUUAUUGUUGCUGGAGCCAAAGGACAACAGAUUCCUGGCUUCACCCAUCCGAAAUCGCUUCAACCACUUGUCGUAAUGCUCCGCGAGUCAAUUCUUCAAGGACAAAUCGAGAUGAAGGCUUUAGCUGCUGAAUGCCUUGGAAUGGUCGUAAAAGUGUCGGAUGUUGCGGCUUUAAAGGCACAUGUCGUCAAUAUCACUGGUCCACUGAUUCGUGUGCUCGGUGAUCGAUUCCCUGCAAAUGUGAAGCUUCCGAUUAUCGAAACUCUGAGCAAAUUGCUUGAUAAAGUCGAUGCAAUGCUCCGUCCAUUCCUUCCACAGCUCCAAUCGACAUUCCUCAAAGCUCUCCAGGAGCCCACAUCUCGUCCUGUUCGUCUGGCGGCUGGAGGUGCUCUUGCACGACUUUUGAAGCUUCAUCCGAAGCCUGAAGCCACGAUGACUGAGCUCCUGAAAUUGUUGGCAACCUCCACUGAUCAGCAGCUGAUUGAAUCAUCCCUCGCAACCGCCCGUGCUCUCAUCGCUACUUGCGGCCAAAAGAUGUCCCCAACGACAAUUGACGAGAUUUAUCGUGUCACUGAGCUCAUCUACUCGGAAAAUGUCGAAAAUCCGACUGAGCUUGACGCUUCGUUGACCGCAUGCUCGGGAGCUCUUCUCGGAGAGACAAUUGCACAGAAAUCCGAUUGGAAAACGGCUCAGAAUUGUGUGCUCAGCGGCAUCGAAUCACCGUCAACAAGUGCUCGUGGCCGCCAGGCAAAAGCAUGUGCUCUCCAACAAUUGUGCUCCUCGAACGGAGACGAACUUUGGGCUUCUGAAGCCAAUUCGGCGUGUCGUUCAGCUUUUACAUCGGCAUUCACGUCUCCCGACCCGAUUGUCGCGUCGGCGGCUCUCCGCGGAGCAUCUCAUGUGCUCAAAGUGUCGAUUGAUCGAGAUUUGAUGUCGGCGGUGGCUAGAUCGCUAAAUCACGCGUCAACAGACGUCCGUAAGACGGCUGGAAUUGCAUUGGGACACGUCGGACAUUCGGCGGAUCUUCCAAAUGAUAUUCUGAAGCUUAUCGUUCCACAGCUCAUCAACGGUUGCAAAGAGAGCAACUCACAAGUUCGAGCAGCUUCAGAGCUUGCGUUGGUUCAUGCUCUCAAGAUGACACAGAAUGAGGAUCGAUUUGAGGCCUACCGUAACACCCUGGAAGGUGUCGUUCAACGGAAUCUCGAUGAGACCCGUGUCAGCUUGGCCCGUGUCGUUCGAGCCGGUGACGUCGAUUUGGAGCCCCUGGACACAAUUUUGAAUGUCUAUUAAAUUAUUAUUGAUUUUUCAUAUGUUUUUUUGUUUCAAAAGUUAUUUUUUUCUCAAAAAUUUUAGUAAUUUGGUUGUUUUUUCCCUCCCGAGAUGCACUUUUUCCCAAUUUUUUCCCCCGUAGUUUAUUGAUUUUUUUUUGGCCCCCUGAAAACUUGUUAUUUUCUUCGUUUUUUUUUCAAAUUUAAAUUUAAAAUAUCAUAAAAUUGGCACGUAG